AUGGUCUACACGGCUGUAACACCCUUUCGAUGCCUAGCCGUCUGCCAUCGGAGGAAGUACGAGGGCUGGAAUAUUACCAGACUGCCCAAACCUAGACAGGAGAAGUCGAGAUGCAGAGGUCGGUUUCAAACCAUGGACCUUCCAUUCAAUAAAUCUGCGCUCCAACCACAGCCAUCUCACCAGUGUCAGAACACUGCUGGUUGUCCUGGAGCGAGAUGGCCCAAUUGGUUAGAGCGCGAGUUUACUGACCAGAAGGUUCAUGGCUUGAACCCGACCUCUGCCUCUCGACUUCCCCUGUCUAGGCUUUGGCAACCUGGCAGUAUCCCAGCCCUCGUGCAACCUUCGGGCGGCAUGGCAGUUAGGCACCGCAAGGGUGCUACAGCCGGACGAUUUUUUGGUUGUCUAGGGACUGCUAUACAACCCAUACUCACAGCACACUCACGGCCUAUGCAAGGUAUGUGUUCAGUCGGUUGGCCUCCAAGCUGGGGGGCGAGCUGGCUCAGUAGUUAUAGCGCGAAUUUACUGACCGGAGAGUCCGGAAGGACCCGACUUCCACCUCUCGACUUCCGCUGUCUAGGCUUGGGCAACCUGGUAGUAUCCCAGCCCUCAUGCUUCAUUCGGGUGGCAUGGCAGCUAAUCACUGAAAGGAUUACACAAACCUUUAGUACCCGCAGGGGGGCGAGCUGGCUCAGUAGUUAUAGCGCGAAUUUACUGACCGGAGAGUCCGGAAGGACCCGACCUCCACCUCUCGACUUCCGCUGUCUAGGCUUGGGCAACUUGGUAGUAUCCCAGCCCUCAUGCUUCAUUCGGGUGGCAUGGCAGCUAAUCACUGAAAGGAUUACACAAACCUUUAGUACCCGCAGGGGGGCGAGCUGGCUCAGUAGUUAUAGCGCGAAUUUACUGACCGGAGAGUCCGGAAGGACCCGACCUCCACCUCUCGACUUCCGCUGUCUAGGCUUGGGCAACUUGGUAGUAUCCCAGCCCUCAUGCUUCAUUCGGGUGGCAUGGCAACUAAUCACUGAAAGGUUGCUAGUUUCGAUCACCGGAAAACGGGAAACGGAACACACAACCAAACCUUGGAGAUCAAUUGUUAGUCUUCAACUAGUCCGCUGGGAUACCGGCAAGGGCCGGAGACCUAGACAGGAAGACGAGUAG